GGUUAAAUUGUUCGCCGCACCUGAAAAACGCGUUUGUUGAACCGUGCAUUUAUUAGUGAAUCCCAGCUAGCUUAACCCCAUGAUGAUGCUCCAGGAUGGGUCAACACAGCUCCUCUGCCUCACAGCCAGCAGUGGGGUUCCUCUUUUCACAAGAGGAGCCUCCAAACAGCUGCCGUUCUCUGUCAUCGGCUCCCUGAAUGGGGUUCACAUGUUCGGAGGUGGUCAGGGAGUAGUGUUGUCCUGCUGUGAGACUGAAGGCGGGGGUAAGGUGGUGUGGAGAGUUUUCCAGGAUAGUGUCAUGCUCAUUGCUGUGAACGCAGGUGGACAAGGUGGCGCAUGCAGCAGCAGCAGCAAAGAGGAGGAGGUCCGUUUACAGCGCCUCCUGGAGAAUGCGUGGAACUGCAUGGUGCUGGUGUUGGGGCAGGAUGAGCUGGCCAGUAUCAGGAAUGUUGAGAGGCUGAAGAGGGACUUGCGGUCCUGCUUCAGCCUCAUUGAUCAGCUGUUGGAGGAGAGGCAAGAGGGCAUUCUGGGCAACCUGACGCACUGCGCUGAUUCACUGCUUCCCCCAAACCCCACUUUUCUUCAAGAGGCCGUGGAUGGCUUUGCUCAGGCUGCAGACAGUGAAUUUAGCUGCCUCCUCGUCCAUGGGAGGAUAGCUGCAGCCACCGAGAAGUGGUGGCGCCUAGCACCGCAGGAAGUUGUGCUGCUCUGUGCUUUGAUGCGGUCCCUGUCAGCAUCUGGAUCAGCCUCUUCUGACUACCCAGUUUUCCUUCCUCAGGGCAGCCCCACCGUGGCCCACCGCCUGCUCCGCUUCCAGCUGCUCCCCGGGGCAGAUGUGUGCGUGCUGUGCGGCCCAACUCCUUCCCUGCACAGAGCUGAGAGUGGGCUGGUGGGUUGUUUCUGGACACCCCUGGUGGAGACCCUGAGGGACUGUCUGGCUGUUGGAGAGCGCUGCUUACCAGGAUCUGUAUCUCUGCGCCCCGAUGUGCUGGCACUUCUUCUCAUCAACCGUGAAACACGCCGCUCAGUCUCCUGCGUGCGGACCUCCACUAAUAAUCAUCCCCUCUGUGACCCCCCGUUGCCCUCCAAGGCCCGCUGCUGGGAGCUACUGAAGCUCUUCUACAUCUUCAGCACGACACGCUACUUCACCCAGGAGGAGACUUUGUGUGUCUCCCCAGACGAGAGGGCUCAGAGAGGCUACACAGAAGAUUUUGUCCUUGGAUUCUCCCACCAGCCGCUACAGAGCUAUCUAGUUACAGAAGAGUGCAAAAGCUAUGGACUUCAGACACCGCAGCACCAGCUCUUCCUGCUUAUCCCACUGUCAGUGCCUACCUUUGCACUUCGUACGGUGGCCACACAGACUCUUUCUGAUAUAGUUGCAGCCACUGGGUUUUAAUUGAACCAUUUACUUUGUUACAGCAUCUUAAUUUUCUGUAAAACCACCAUCUUUGACACAAUAAUAUAUGAAUUAGCUGCAAAUAUUUCUCAUGUCUUGAUGACUGCAAACGUAACCACUAUAUGUUAGCUUCCAUCUUUAAACAACUGGUAAGAGCUGUACAGUAGAAAAGGAUAUCACUGUUAAUGGUCUCAGCAGGUAUUUUCUUUUACUAAACUACUGAUCAAGAAUGUAAUACUGACAAAAAUAUGAAAACAAGUGAAAACAUUAUACCAUAGUGAACUUCUUUGAGAUUACUUACUGAACAGUAACAUGAUCACCAGGAUUGCACUGUAUAUAAUGUAUUGGAGAGUCAUGUGAAACUGUUACACUGGGAUAAAUACGUGCCUUCUGUUUGUUGGUUUGACAUGUUGAAUAAUUUGACUUAAAAUAUGAUGAUUAUUUUGCUUUC